UCGAGCAAUACCCGGGGCCCAUUAGGGGGUCGUGUGAAACACUAAUAGUGUUUGCGUGACGUGUGUGGUGCCGGUGGGGGUCAGACGCUUUAAAGGAUAGCCAACUCGCACCCCUCCUUCAGGACUUCACAGACGAGGGGAGAGCGCAGAUGAGCCGGUUCCAAGAAGCACCCAGACUAUGAGAGGACCUGCUGCGCGCGCGUAAUUACGCAUCACCCCCCUCCCCACCCCACGACAGUCUAUUUUUGGUUGUCGCAGUUUUUUAUUGUUGUUGUUGGUGUUUUUUUUAAAGCAUGCUGGAUUCUAAGCACCGUGGAGUGACCAUGACGUCCACUCACAAGAUCUCCUUCUCGAUCGUCGACAUCCUGGACCCGAACAAAUUCACCAGCAGGAAGGCGAGCGAAUGCGCCAAGUUUGGAGUGGCGGACAUAGAGAGCACUAGUUUGGAGACAGAGAGCGACGCGGAAGGAGGCGACACAGCUGAAGACGACCAGUCUGGACACUCCAAUCACCGCGCGGUUUUUGUCGACCCCCUCAUGGUCACCCAGACCGACGAGAGCAAGCAGUGCCUGCCCGAGGAGCCGGACCACACGGCAAAGGAGAUGACCGUCACCUUGCAGGACCCGCCUUCAACACACAACAAGAGGCGGCGACAAGACCAGAACGGCGCCAAGCCCCGGCGCGCCCGGACGGCCUUCACCUACGAACAGCUGGUGGCGCUGGAGAACAAGUUCCGUGCCACUCGGUAUCUGUCGGUGUGCGAGAGGCUCAAUCUAGCGCUGUCCUUGAGUCUGACAGAAACGCAGGUGAAGAUCUGGUUCCAGAACAGGCGCACCAAGUGGAAAAAGCAAAACCCUGGCGCGGACAGCACCUUGCCGCCCGCCCCCGCCCCGCUCAUCAGUCCCGGCCAGGCCACAUGCGGCUCGGGCCAGGCCGCCUUCCACCAGUCUUUCCCCAACCUCAGCUCUGGGAAUGUUAUCUUUCACACGACCACAGCUGCUCCGCUUUCAUCCGGCGGAGGGCUCCUGCAUCCCUUUAUAUCCAGUGGAUUUGUGCAGCCCUCCUAUUUCAAUCCACACCUAUGAGAGAAGGACUGGACUCCCGUUGUUUUUUUGUCAAUUGGGUAAAAGUGACUUUUAAAAUUCUUUAUACAAGGGUUGUUAUCAUUAAAGACUCCUAAUUGUUGAAUGUGUGAAUGUGAGAGUGAAUGAUUGUUUGUUUAUAUGUGCUAAGUGACCACCUUGGGGUGUACCCAGACUCUUGCCUGAAGUCAGGGGGGAAAAGCUCCAGCUUACCCUCAACCCGACUGAGGAUAUAUAAAAAAAAAAUACUGGUGGAUAGUUGAGACUCUGGACUGUCUGCCCCCACCAGCAAGUAUGAAAUUCAAAAGCAAGGUCAAUCUUUUAUCUGCCUAUUUCUCAAAAUGUGUGUGAGCGAGUCGUUGGUUAACCACUGGUUGCUUUGAACAUGCACCAUUCAUUUGCAGUCUCGAGGGGUGAACAUCUGCUUUGUAGGGAGUCACAGAGUCUCCAAAAACACCACCGAAAAAAUAAAUGAACAAAAUCACUAGAUUUGUUGAAUAUUGCUUUACGAAAAAGGGUCGCUACAGCAGGCGGAAAACUUGUGAAAUACGACGAGUGUCCUAUCUCCUUCAGGGUUGACAUGUCAACAAAAACUGCACUCUUUCAUUUGCAUGAGAUAAAACCACCCCGCCUCCAAAAGUUACGAUUUGAACCAUUGUAACAAAUGGGUAACACGUGUGAAAUACGUCUUUAUCUCUCGUGUAUUUUGACUGAAUCAUGUUAAGACACCCGGAAUUGCAUUCCAACUGUGGAAAAGAAAAUAUCGCCUUUAAGUUACAGCUAUUUGUGUCAUGUCCCACUCAUGUUGCACCAAUAUUGUUGAACCCCCCCACCCAAAAACAAUCAAAGUCUGUUAAAAAAAGACAAAAACCUGUCACUUUGUUUUUUGAAACACUGUUGUCAACAGAUCUUGUAACACAAACGGUGGCAUAUU